UUUUUUAAAGGACACAUACAAAUCACAUUACCCCCAGCACUACCCUAUCGUCUCGACUGUAUAUUUAAGUGCAAUACCGGUAGACUUUUGACUAUUUUUUUCUCUGGUGGUACUGGUGUUUACCUUAUGGACGGAUAGUUUGUGGUUAAACGACCCUUUUAUCUGUGUGUUUGGCUGUCUGUCUGUCUAUUUAUUUGAUGGUGAUUAUCAGCUAAAGAAAUAAUAAAAAAAAGUUUUUUAUUAUUAAAAAUGAAUACAACGACCACAACAACAACAACAACAACAACAUCAACAACCAUAACCAGGGAUACUGUCAGUGGUUUUACACUACGAGAGGAGCAAUGGGUGGCACCAGUGAUGGCACUGUCCUGUCUUAAUAUGAUUGUUAUUGCAUUGUUCGAGAUAUUUGUUAUCUAUAAGGCAUGCAGGACUUCCCCGUCCCGUCGCCAUCUAUUUCUGGGCCAAAUGCUUUUGUUAGGACUGUUCCUAUCAUCGGCACUGGGCAUUGCAUUUGUGCCAAACCCUUCAUGGAUCUCCUGUACAGUAAUCAGAGCCGGUCUCGGCAUUUGCUACAGUGUCAUAUUUGCUACACUACUCGUCAAAACGGUGUUCCUCUUAUCGCUACAUUCGGGCAUCUAUUUGCCAGCCCUCUACCAGGCACUGUUAUUAUUUUUCAUUAUAGCCACCCAGUUAGCCAUCGACAGUCAAUGGCUACUCAAUCAUACCUCGACCACUGUUAUCGACUACGUUGACGCCUUUGGCACAGUUGUCUACAAAUGUGAUCACAAUAUUAGUUCACUGCUCUUCUCAUUAGUUUACGACAUGUUUCUCAUAGUGUUAGUGUCGUGCCUAUCGUUGCGAGUCAAAGGUCAUCGGGAAAAUCACGGCGAAGGUAUGUUCAUAGCCAUCACUGUAGUCACCAGUAUUGUCUUGUGGUGCGUAUGGAUCGGCGGAUCGUUGACCAGUGCCAGCCACUAUCGGGACGCCUUUCUAGCGCUGGGCAUUGUCGGCCAGGCCACACUGGUUUUUCUGGUCAUGUUUCUGCCGAAAGGUCGCCAACUGGCCGCUAUGGGUCGCGAAGGUAUGUCACACGAUGACAGAGACCAACUAUCGUCACCGUCGUCGCCGAGUAUCUAUACGCCCAGCUUUCUGCACAUUAAACCAUCGCAUUUGAUACCAUUGACCAAAACGGGUGGCAAUCUAUACAAACAGUUUGGCCAAACAAACAACAACAAUACAAGCAGUUAUCAUACAAGUAAUCAUAAUAAUAAUAAUAAUAAUAGUGGUAAUCCUAAUCAUCAUAAUAAUGUCAUUAAUAAUAAUAAUAAUAAUAAUACCGGAGCCGUAAAUGGCAAUCUAUAUACACAUCACUCGACCCAGAAGUCGAUGAAUAACGAUCGUUUCUUUUGCAUUCCACCUCCCGGUCCGCCGCUACCGCCUCCCGGCCACCGAGUCUGGCGAACCGGUUGCUAUCCGACCAGCUAUCAUAUUGCUGCCGCCCCGGCACCCGACGAUCCCUACUUUUAUCCAUACGAUCCGCAAUCGCGACAAAUACACGGCAAUCCUAAUAUCAAGUUUUUUCGGGCACCGCUAUACUGAUGAUGAUGACGGGUCUCAAUGGGAACGGGAGAUGAAGUACUGGGAGAAAUGAAAUAAAAAUUAGGACAGUCUUCAAAUCAAUCAGUUUUCUAUACAUUAAAUACUGUAUAUAUAUAUAAUGCAAUACUUUUUUCGUAUAUAUAUCUAUU